GUAGCUGCCGCUAGGCUGUUACAGCAGAAGUCAGGAACUGUCAAAUCACAGAAUGAGGUAGAUAAAGAUUUGGAUUCAACAGCAGGAUCUGGGCAGAGAGCAGGUGAGAGGAGGAAGAGUGGAAAUGCAAGGAAGACUGCUUCUUCCACGGAGAGAAGGAAUUUGGUGCAAUCAUAUUGGAAUUCCAUGAGUUUGGAUGUUAAGAAAGAAUUGCUUAGUAUUAGAAUUUCAGAUCUUAAGGCACAUUUUAGUUCGUCUAAGGAUCGUUUGGCUAUUGAAGUGCUAUCUGAGGCUCUUGCAUUUGCCAAGACAAAUAAAACUUGGAAAUUCUGGACAUGUUGCCGCUGCAGUGAAAAAUUUGCAAACUCAGAAUCACACAUUCAUCAUGUUGUGCAUGAUCACAUGGGUGCUUUGCUGCCUAAAAUGCAAUCAGUUUUGCCUCAAAGUGUGGAGAAAGAGUGGGCUGAGAUGCUUCUGAACUGCUCUUGGAAACCAUUAGAUGUUAAUGCAGCAGUGGAAAUACUUGAUAAACAAUCAAGAUCUCAGGGUCAUGGUUUUCUAGAUGAGUCCUAUGAAAGAGAUGAUGGAGAGGGGUCAAAGGAUGACUUUUUGGAGGCUUUCUGCCAUGAAGACGAGUGGGGCACAUCACCUAGAAGGAGGAAAUUAGGGGAUAGACCCAACAGAGAUAUGGUUGAGAGUAGAAAAAAUGAUAAGAUCUCAGACAUUGACUUUAUGGAUUGUGAUGGAGAGGGUGGUCCGAAGAUUCAUUUACUUCCUGAAGGCUUGCCGCUGUCUGAUGACCCUGAGCGAGUAAAGCUUCUUGAAAGAAUCCAUGCUGUGUUUGAGACUCUUAUCAAAAAUAAAUAUCUUGCUUCAAGUCACCUCAGCAAGGUUAUUCACUUUGCAGUGGAAGAGCUUCAGGGUCUUGCUUUUGGCUCUAAACUUCUUAACUGCAAUAUUGAUCAGAGUCCUUUGUGCAUAUGCUUUUUGGGUCCCGAAGAACUUAAAAAAAUACUAAAAUACUUACAAGAACUUUCUCAUUCUUGUGGCUUAGGUAGAUAUCCUGAGAGAACUGGUUUUCUGGACGAAACAAGCAAUGGUUGUCAUGGAUUUGACGAUCUAGAGAAAAUAGUUUUCAGUGAGGAUGACACAUGUUUGUUGUUUGAUAAGCAGUUCCUGCAACACAAUCUUUCUCCCAGCUCGUGUCCUAAUGCAGUUUCUAAUGAUAGACCUGCAGCAAUUUUGUCUGGUAAUCAGUACCAAAAUGGAGUUAUAAUUGAUUCAGAUGCAUUACUGUCCUGGUUAUUCACUGGUCCAUCAAGUGUGGAAGCACUAGCAUCAUGGACACGUGCAAGAAAAGAGAAAGCUCAACAGGGUAUGGAAAUUCUUCGAUUGCUUGAGAAGGAGUAUUACGACCUACAGGGUUUGUGUGAGAGAAAAUCUGAGCACCUAAGUUACGAGGAAGCACUGCAGGCAGUAGAAGAUCUUUGCUUAGAAGAGGGUAAAAAAAGAGAACAUGAAAUAGAAUUUGUCCGGCAAAGCUAUGAUUCUGUCUUGCGGAAGCGACGAGAGGAGCUCAUAGAAAGUGACAACGAAGUUACGAUUAUCAGUAGGUUUGAGUUGGAUGCUAUAUCAAAUGUUCUGAAGGAAGCAGAAUCUCUCAAUGUAAAUCAAUUCGGAUUCGAGGAAACAUACGGUGGUGGAACAUCUCAAUUUUGUGACUUGGAAUCUGGCGAAGAGGAUGAUUGGAGACUGAAAGACUAUCUGCAUCAGGUGGACUCUAGCGUGGAAGUUGCAAUACAGAGACAGAAGGAACAUGUUUCCAUUGAGUUGAGCAAAAUUGAUGGUCGAAUCAUGCGGAUGGUUACAGGGAUGCAACAGUUGGAAGUGAAGCUUGAGCCUGCAUCUGCCCAAGAUUACCGGCAGAUUUUAGUGCCUCUAUUGAAGUCAUUUAUGCGGGCACACUUGGAGGACGUGGCUGAGAAGGAUGCAACUGAGAAGUCUGAUGCUGCAAGGGAUGCUUUUCUGGCUGAACUUGUUCGUGAUUCUGCGAAGAGUUCAAGUGGGGGCAAUGAGAAGUCUAAACAUGCCCAUGAAAAGACAAAGGACAAGAAAAAAAACAAAGAGUAUCGAAGAGCAAAGGAUUCAAAGCCUAACAGUGGUAACGAAACGCAUGUGCUUCGCCAUGAGAUUGUGGAAGAUGUCUCAUUUGCUGCUCAUGAUGGCGAUGAUCAAGACAGUCAAAUUCCUCAAAUUGGUAAUUCCUUAAAUCUACAGGAGGAGGAGUACAGACGUAUGAUUGAGCUUGAAGCCGAGGAAAGGAAGCUUGAAGAGACUUUAGAGUAUCAAAGAAGAAUUGAGAAUGAGGCUAAGCUGAAGCAUCUGGCCGAGCAACACAAGAAAUCUGCAAGAACAAUUCAAGAGAAUAUGGGUGCAGCUAUGAAUCUUGAAACUUGCCCUUAUCAAAAAAUGUAUCCUGACAUUUACUUGAAUUGUUGUGAUAUUGAUCAGAAAAUCAGUGAGCAAUUGAAGAGUAGCGAGAAGAACAAUGUACUUCCAAACAGUUUAGAAGGUCCUUCAAAGAACUUUCCAGAAGUAAUGGCGCAAAGAGAUGAGAGUCCAGAGGAUGGUGUAUUGAUAGCUGAUAAACGAUCUGCAAGAAAAGGCAGGCGCCAGAAAGGUUCGACUAAAUUUAGUGAGGGGAAGUAUCAAUCUGGUUCUUCUGAAAGGGAAAAUACUGCAGUUAGUGAAUCAAGAGCUCUGGAUUCUUCACAUGAAAAGAAUGGUACCAGAGAUAGUGGAACAAAGACAUUGAGACAGCUACAUGUGGAGGAGGAUGAUGAAGAAAGGUUCCAAGCUGACCUUAAGAGAGCUGUACGCCAAAGUCUUGACGCAUUCCAUGCACAUCAGAAAUUACCCUUGAAGGCAAGUUCAGGGGCACAGAGGAUGUUCUCUGAAACCAGGGAUAUGGGUGGUGAAAUAAGCGUUGGGAAUGUCAAUGAAAUGGAUGUAUAUGGCACUGGGCUAAAGAAUGAAAUUGGAGAAUACAAUUGCUUUCUAAAUGUCAUUAUACAGUCAUUGUGGCAUCUAAGACAAUUUCGAGAUGAAUUUUUGAGAAGAACACCAUCAGAGCAUGAUCAUGUUGGUGACCCAUGUGUGGUAUGCGCUUUAUAUGACAUAUUUACUGCUCUGAGCAUGGCUUCUACUGAGAUGCGAAGAGAGGCUGUUGCUCCUUCUACUUUGAGAAUUGCCCUCAGCAACCUUUAUCCCGAUAGUAAUUUCUUCCAGGAGGCUCAAAUGAAUGAUGCUUCUGAAGUACUGGGUGUGAUAUUUGAUUGCCUACAUCGGUCAUUUAUAUCAACCUCAGGUGUUUCGGAUACUGAAUCUGCAGAUAGCAGCUGUAUGGGCUCUUGGGAUUGCUCAAGUAGUGCUUGUAUUGUGCAUUCUCUUUUCGGAAUGGAUAUUUUUGAGCAGAUGAACUGCUACAAUUGUGGAUUGGAGUCCAGACAUCUGAAGUACACAUCGUUCUUUCAUAAUAUUAAUGCCAGCGCUCUCCGAACAAUGAAGGUUAUGUGUCCAGAAAGCUCGUUUGAUGAGCUUCUGAAUCUUGUUGAGAUGAACCAUCAGUUGGCUUGCGAUCCCGAGGUUGGUGGAUGUGAAAAGCUUAACUAUAUUCAUCACAUUCUCUCUGCUCCGCCACAUGUUUUCACAACGGUUUUAGGUUGGCAGAAUACUUGUGAGAGUGUAGAUGACAUAAAAGCAACAUUAUCAGCUUUAUCUACUGAAGUGGACAUUGGCAUCCUUUAUCGCGGUCUUGAUCCGAAAAACAAGCAUUACUUAGUUUCUGUGGUUUGCUACUAUGGACAGCAUUAUCACUGUUUUGCCUACAGUCGUGAUCGUGGACAGUGGAUCAUGUAUGAUGACAAAACCGUGAAGGUAAUUGGUGGCUGGGAUGAUGUUCUAGUUAUGUGUGAAAGAGGGCAUUUGCAACCGCAGGUCCUUUUCUUCGAAGCUGUAAACUAGUCCAGCUAAAAGCUGAUCUGGAUUUUCGCUUGUUUCUUUGAAGCUGUAAUAUAUUUCAGCUUAGAAAAUACACCUCCAUAUACUGCAAUGAAGAUGUGCCAUUGGGCUUCUCCAUUCAAUCGUCAAAGGCAAGAUGAUACUUGUGCACUGAUGUUAUUCAAUUGACCUGCAAAGUUACAAAAUCAUGUGAGAAACUGUACUAUACUGUCAGAAGUUUGUUGGGAUGAAGAGAAAGUAAAGCAAUUGGUCUGCUACCAAGGAAAACUUCUUCGAAUUUGUGUAUUACGAUGGAGUUUUUCAGAGGAUAGGAAAGAAAAGUGUAAGUUUUGGUGCGCUUGAUACCUGGUAGCAUCGGCAGAGUCAAGUUUUUGCAGCAUCCGGAAAUUUUGGAAUCCUUACAAUAAUAAGGUGGCGUGGUUGAAGAAAGAAGUACUACCCACCAGUUACCUGGUCACGAGGAACGUAUAGAUGUUUGAUUUCGCAUUGGUAACUUAACCUGCUAUUGCCAGAUAUUGCUUCUGUACACAGGAAAUUCUAGGUAAUGAUCAUAUAUCUUCCUUUUUCAAUGUAAGCAGGUCUGUAUAGAUUGGUCUUUUAAGUGAUGCAGCGAAUAGUAACUCUUCAUUUAUUUUGUUUUUCCCUCUUUGAGGAAAAAAGAAUUUUGAGUGCCCAGAGGUUAUGGGAACUUUGUAUUACGGAUGUCUACGAUAAUUUAAUGAAAGGGAAGACCUAUGUUUGUUCUUCAA